AUGCCUCUAGAGAUAUCUGGUCGCUUUGCCCCUGUUCGGCCUCCUCCCUAUUAUACAUUGGUGAAUGAGGACACUCCUCCCCCAGCUCUCCCGGAUGACCCUGGGAUCAUACGCCUGAUUCCAGAGGAUCUCAGAUCCGUUGAGCUCCUUCGGGCAAAUGAUUCUACUUUGAUAUCGCUCCGUACUGAUCCGGAACUGCUCAGAGACGAAUUUCUGGAUGUUGUGGAUGCCUAUCUUGCGGAAAUGGUCUUAGCGUUUGAUAGCUUAUAUAUGCUGGGGGACAUUAGCAACAAACGAAACACUCAGAUUUCACAGCUCAAAGCGCGCCUCUUGGCUCGCAGGGACGACCUUUGUGCAAUGAUAGACAAGCUCAGGAUACUCCAGGCGAUAACGAACACCGAACAGGCACUGACCGGCAUAAUUGAGCAGAAGAGACAGACCAUCCAUUUACUGCGGGAGCAGAGGCGAAGGAUACUAGAGGAAAUGCCGGAAAGGUCCUUUGAAGAUAAGGAGCUCCCAUCACGAUUUUGCCCAAAUGAAGGGCAGUUCAUUUCGAGUAAGCAUCCUUCACCAUCCCCCUGA